AUACCAGUUGCUAUAAUGCUUUUUGAAAUUCUGUCAACAUGACUGACGUUGACAUCAAAAUUAUCAAAAGAACGCAGGAGACUUUAGGGAAAAUAAUUAAGAAACCUGUUCUCACGGAGAAACUUUUAGGCAGACCCCCAUUUCGUUUCUUGCAUGAUAUAUGCACAGCAGUACAUGGAUUUUUCUAACAUAUUAGCGUUUUUCUAAAGGUUAUCAGAACUACGGGUUUAAUGAAAGGCCUUUAUAAUCAGGAGGAACUAAAUGCUGAUAAUGUUAAGGACAAAGAUAAGAAAUUAGCGUUUCUUCAGAAGCUGGUAGAUUUUUUGGCCGUUGUGCAUGGUCGCCCUAUUCCUAUUAGAAUUAUGAGCAUUGUUGCUGGGAAAGAGGCAGAAAAAACCAACGAGAUGCUAUGUUUGCUUGCUGAAGCUGUUAAUAAAGGGGUUUGAUAUGCCUUCGAUAAUAGAAAAAUUUUUCAGGUUAACAAUGAAGAUUGUGUGGCACGAGUACUUCAGGGAAAUUUGAACCAAAAGCUUGACAGAAAGCAAGAAUCUGAAGGUAAACAACAAAAAGAAAAACCCAACACUGUGCAAAGUACUAUGGAUAGUCAAAAAAAUGAAGUCAGAAAGAACAGAAGAGAAGAUAAUCGAGACGACAUUAAAAACACUAGAUCUGGUGGCGGGUCCCUAGCUGAUAGUGAUAAAAGCUUUGGAACCAGCAAAAAGACUACCGCAGAAACAGUCAGUGCAGAAAAAGGAGAUAACGGAAGAGAAACUCGUAUGUCUCAAGAUGCUAACAGUCGUGUAGCUAGUCGGUGUGAAUCAAGAACACUAGAUAAAUCUCAAGAAGAGUCUUCAACAGCUAUUCCUUCUAAUUCAGAGAUUUCAUCUCAGCAAUCUUUAAAACACCGACCAGUGUCUGCUAAAGGACAAAGAGUUAUCAAAGAUGCUCCACCAGAUACAAAAAUCUCAGUGAAUCAAGGAGAAAAUAAACCGGAACCAGUUUCAAAUCCUAGACUAGCUCCACCUCGUCCUAAACGUUCAACAGAUUUGGGAGUUGGAGACAGUCCAAAGCAAACUGGUAUGAUGGCUGGAUUAAUUAUCUCUGAAUCACAACAAGACACAGAUGAAGAUGAGAAUGAAGAUUCGAAAUUCGUCAUUGAAGAAAUUGUCAGUGGAAUAUCUGGUGAAAUUUCAACAAAUCAAUGGAAUAAUAAAAUUGAAUCAGAAGAAAAUCAAGAACAUGGUGGUUUAGUGACUAAAAUUUUACAGUCAAAAAAAGAAUUUGAAGAUGCAAAUUUAAUUAACAAAGAAAAAUCAAAAUUACAGACGAAAGGAUCAAAUGAAAUGGCUAAAGAAUGUGAAAAAGCUCUACUAGAGAAAGAAAUUAAUCGUUUGUGUAAUUCACUGCAGUCGUUAUCACGUUCAGCUAUUCCAUUAAGUAAAUUAAUGGAUUUUAUACAAGAAGACUUAGAAACAAUGCAACAAGAAUUUGAACGUUGGAGGAAUGAAAAUUAUUCACUUAAAUCUCAGUUAAAACAACAAGAAAGUUUAACACAAUCAUGUAUAGAACCUUUGAAAGCUCAGCUGGAAGAAUUAGAACAAUUUGAAAAGGAAAAAGAAAGGGCUAUCGCUAAAUGUAAAACUAAAAUUCUCCACAAUAACGAACGUAUAGAAAAUCUAUUGUUUAGAUCGUUAGAAAAAGUUUUCUGAUCAACUUUGAUUUUAAUUUCUUUUGAUUUUUGAUUGAGAAAAUAAAUAUAUUUAAAAUAUAUUCAGUAAAGAGAUUCUUAAAGGCAAAUAUAUUCCUUAUUCCACCGUAUAAAAGCAUAAUCAUAAACAACCACAUACCUUGCGAAAAUUUUGUGUUUAAAGACGCUUUUACAGUUCCAGUCUUAUAUUGUUAGGCAAUUGGUAUUUGGUUGUGUUCUGUGAGAUGAGUG